AUGCACCAACUUGAGCACGUCUUUUCCAGUGCUAUUAUUUCUUACACCAAAACUCUAUUAUAUUCACUAGUCUCCACUUCUUAUCUAUGCCAUUUCCGGUGGCUGGCCAACUCAAUUGCAACCUUCAAUAGCUUUGGACAAUGGUAUUCUUUACUCAAAAAGAAUGGGAUCAAAUAUCAACAGAGUCGGGGUCCGGAUAGGUCGGCACCUCCAACAAAAAAGGUAUAUAUAUGGGCUUUUGAAAGAAUAAUUCUUCAUCCAAAACCUGAUUUGGUUACUUUUCAUUUCACUGUUUUUUGCUAUACUCUCCUUCAUUCUUACUUCUUCAAUAUGGACGCUAUGAACAACACUCCUGCCACUUCCAACUCUUCUUCUCUUGUCAACAACGCUCCUUCCAAGCCUACUGUCACUACUAGCGGCGCUUAUUGGUACCAACCCAAACCUCCUGCAAUGUGUGUCAUUGCUUAAGUUUGCUUAAACAACUUUUUUGUCUACGCAGUUAUUUUACUUGAACUCGUUCUAGCUUUUUGAUACCAUUCUUAUUUUUUUUGAGCUGCCUUUAAUGAACACUUAAGGCCUAUAUUUAAUUUUUUAUAAUAAGAAUCUGCUUUUUGAACAGUCCAACUGAAUCACGUUAGUGUUCCUCUUAAAAUACAUGAAUAACCAGCCCAAUAGUAACAACAAUCAUCUCAAAAUAGUAACUAAAUUGAUCUACG